CUCACUCACCAUCAGAUCCCCAUUGCAGAAAUCCCGACCCGAGAAUAAAGACUUUGAUUUCUAGGAACCUAAGACUUGCAAUAUCACUGCUUUCCAAGUAACCUAGAUUUAUUAGUUCCUCCAUCACCCUAUAGUCAGAGCAAUUUCUGAGCUUCGAUUAUUUAACACACCACGGACCAUACCCGGCAAGCCACAAUGGCUAACCAGCAGGACGACCUGCUUAAUUCACUCGAAUCCUCACUCCGAAACGCGCUAUUUACUUUCGGCGCCGAGAGUCCGCAGUAUCACAGCAUAAAAUUCAUGGUUGAAGAACAUAUUUCCAAAACCAAGCUUCGAACCUGCCAAGAAAACCCACUCUUAAGUCAAGCUCUGGGUGUGGGGAAAGGCGUAGUUAUGAAUCUUGCUUUCCGGCCCAAGGAAAAGUGAUGAUGGUGGUGGGUAGGCGAUGAAGGAGUAGAAUUGAUGGGGAUGGGGUGGAGUGGGUUCGAUAAAAGUAUGUAUAUGACUGGGUGGGAUUCUGAUUUACGGUAUGGUAGCUGAAGGGAAUUACGGUACGAGGGUACUGAAAUGCUUUCAUUAAAUUUGAAGACGAAUUUCUCAAACGGGUGGCGCUGGUGCGAGCUACGGGACUUUCAUCCACAUCUUUCCCUCCGGUUUGGCACUAUCACUUAAUACAUG